GUAUUAUGCUUGUCAUGCUUGUCAUUUGUGUCAUUUUCUUGUAAGCACAAUUUGCAAAAAAAUCCGGUCUUUGUAUUUUUGUUUAAACAAAUUUGUUUAAAUCGAAUUUGUUUAACAAAUCUGAGUAAAGUAAACGCUAUUGGCGUAUAAUUAAAAAACUUAUUACGUUUGUUGGGAUAAGAAACAACAAAAACAAAAUGCCUUCAUCAGAAGUCGUUGUAAACAAGGUGAUUGUCCAUCCUUUGGUGCUGUUGUCAGUCGUGGAUCAUUUCAAUCGAAUGGGUAAAAUUGGUAAUCAAAAACGAGUUGUUGGUGUCCUCUUGGGUUGUUGGAGAGCCAAGGGCAUUUUGGAUAUAUCCAACAGUUUUGCAGUACCCUUCGAUGAGGAUGACAAAGAUAAAUCUGUUUGGUUUUUGGAUCAUGACUAUUUGGAGAACAUGUAUGGCAUGUUCAAAAAAGUCAAUGCCAAAGAACGUGUAGUGGGCUGGUACCACACUGGUCCCAAAUUGCACCAGAACGAUAUUGCCAUCAACGAACUGAUACGUCGCUAUUGUCCUAACUCAGUUUUAGUCAUUAUUGAUGCCAAACCUAAAGAUUUAGGUUUGCCAACAGAAGCCUACAUUGCUGUCGAGGAGGUACAUGAUGAUGGUUCACCUACGUGUAAAACUUUUGAACAUGUACCCAGUGAAAUUGGUGCUGAGGAAGCUGAAGAAGUGGGUGUAGAGCAUUUACUGCGCGAUAUUAAGGAUACAACAGUCGGCAGUCUUUCACAAAAAAUCACUAAUCAAUUAAUGGGUUUGCGUGGUCUCAAGGCCCAGCUGAGUGACAUCAAGAAUUACCUGCAGCGUGUGGGAGACGGUAAAAUGCCCAUCAACUAUCAGAUUGUAUAUCAAUUGCAAGAUAUAUUCAAUCUUUUGCCCGAUAUUACAAACGACCAAUUCACCGAGACCAUGUAUGUGAAGACCAACGAUCAAAUGUUGGUUGUCUACUUGGCCUCCAUGGUACGCUCCAUUAUUGCCCUGCACAAUUUGAUCAACAAUAAGCUAGCAAAUCGUGAUGCUGAAGAAGGCAAGGAUAAAAAGUCUGAAGACAAGAGCAAAGAAAGCAAGGAUAAAGAAAACAAAGAAACCAAGGAUAAAAAGGGUGCUGCCGAAGAGAAAACCGACAAGAGCAAGGACGACACAAAUACGAAGAACAGUAAGAAAUAGGAGCGAAGAAAAAAGAAAAAGAAGCCUCGACGUAAAAAGAAACGUGACUAAAUUGUUUGGCAGAAAAUGAUUUCAGUUGCGUCCAUAAUACAAACAUUACGCCAAUCACAAAAACUCGGUAACAAUACAGGCUCCUUAUUCGCUAAAUUACAAUGAAGAACUAAAUGUGUAAAAGAAAACCAGAAAAAUAUCAUUUAAUCAUCAUUAUUACACUUUUCCAGAAUGUGAAAAACCAAUAAAAUAAAAUCUUUAUUUCUAUAAGAAAUUAUUUAAAAUACGAAAACAAUGCAGAAAAUUAUUGCGAUUCCAUCGCCAUGCUACUAACAAAGGAUACAACUCACAUUUUUCUAGUUGUAGUCUAUUGAAA